AUGGAUUUUCAUCAUAAAAAUAAUGAGAAAAAUAAUAAGUAUGUGAAUGAAAAGUCUAAUUAUGAUCGAAAUGAAAAGCAUAAUGAAAGAAAUAAUGAUCGUAACAAUGAAAGAAAUAACGAAAGAAAUGAUAGAUAUGAUAAUAAAAAUGACAGAAAAAGAAAGGAUCGUCAUUAGAAGAGAAAAAAUAGAAAAUAUUCAUCAUCAAGUUUGUCAAGACCGUCAUCUUCAGUUUCUGUUUCUGUUUCCUAAUCUGAAUCAUCAUCAAGUUCAGAAAAAGUGCCUCGAUAUAGGCCCAAAAAUCAUGAUAAUAUGGUAUUACUGUUGGAGAACUUACCUGAAAACUUAACAAAGUAAUAAUUGGAUAGUGCAUUUAAUGAAGCAGCAAUGGAAGCUAAUGUAAUUCCUCAUGAGGAAAUAUCUAUAAUUAAUGCAUUUGGGUAGGCAUAUAUAAAAUAUUGUACUGUUGAUUAUGCAAGAAAAGUUUUAAUUUACUUAAAAGGUAAAAUAUCAAUAGGUGAACAUACACUUAAUGUUGAUUUCUAUGAUGAUACUAGUGGUAGAUAGAGAAGAAAUAGACAUGAAUUAAAAAAUAGUUUAAUUAAUUAGCCUCCUACAAGUUAUGAUUGGAUAUGUGAUAAAUGUGGUUAUGAGAAUUUUGCCAAAAGACACAAAUGCAAUAAAUGUUUAAAUCCAAGAAAUAUAAAUUGUAAGAUAUUGAGUGUCAUGAUGGCUCCUACUACUGGAUUCACUGAUGAUUCCCUCUGCAAUACUAGCUUAAUGAUCAAAGCAAAAUCCAUAGCUGAUGCAACAGAUAGUGAUAUUUUGGAUAUUUUUGCUCCUCUUGCAGCUGUUAAAGAUAUUAGAUUGGUCAAAAAUAAAGUACCAAAGGAUCCAAGAAUGAAAGAAUAAAAGGAUUUUGCUUUUGUUGAAUUCUUUAGUGUUGAAGACGCGGAGAAUGUUUAUAGAUAUGUUACUUAAAAUGAAGUCAGACUUCAUGGUGACUAACUGAUAAUCUAGUAUUCCAGAAAUAACAGAGCUUCACGAUAUGAAGACCACUAAAAACCAUUUGGAUUCUAUCCAAAUAACUAAUUUGUGAUGUAACAACAAGGGCCAUUACAACCAUAGAUUCCAUCAUAACAGUCAUAAUAACCAUAGGAUAUUAUUCAAUAACAACAAUAACCUCAAAUUUAAAUACCCAUUCCAAUACAAAUGUAAAUGCCAAUACCUCCUCCUAUUUCAAUUCAUUAAAUCCCUUAAAUUCCACCUCUCCCAUACAACCAACCAACAUAAACUCAACCUAUUCCAUAAUUACCAAUCUAAAUGUCAGAAGUCUCUAUUGUGUAGCCAAUUAUUUAAGCUCCGUAUUAAGCUGCCUAAUUGGCUUAAGAGAGAAUCAUAUUGAAAUAAGAACAAAAACUUACUUUAUCGACUCCUCCUAUGAAUCUAAUGUCUACACUUCUACCCAAAAUUCAUAAUCCGAAACCAUAAUAAUAGUAGUUACCAAUUCAAUAAUAAUCUUAAUAAUAAAAGAAAUAAUAAAAUGUUGAAGAGACAGAAGAAGAUGUAAAAUCAGAUAAAGAGGAUGAUCAGCCAUCUACUCUACCUACAAAAACUAUAAAUAAAGUACAGCCUCAAUUAACUGAAGCCUAAAUAAGGAAAAAAGCGGAAUUGGAAUUAAAAAAAUGGGAAAAAUUAUAACAAACAAAAAAACCAGAAGUUAAAGUUGCUCCUUUGAAACCUAUUAUAAAUCAAGUAGAAGCGUAAACUAGAUUGAUUUUGUAUAUUUGUCCAAUCUGCAGAAGAAAAUUCCCAAGUGAAGAAGUAAUGAAUUAUCAUUCUCUCAACUCCGAGAUGCAUAAGUAAAAACUAUUAUCAAUUUGA